AUGGCACAUCCCGAUAAUCUCUCAAAUCCGGACGAAACUGGGAACGAUGGAUCGACGAAUGCGGAUGAUCAUGAUCCGGAACCGAUUGUUGCUGAAUGCAACGCGGAAAAAGAUGCUGCUGGCCGGAAUCCGGAACAGAAUGCGGCUAGGGAUAAUACAGAAAAGGAUAUAGCUUGCCGAAAUCCAAAACAAAAUAUGAAUACUGUCGUUGCAAGCGUCUCUGAAACUGGCAAUUUCAAUGUGGUGGAUAAAGAAAUUGAAGAAUUCAUAAGGCGCGAAAAAGGAGUGAAUGAGACGACGACGAUGACACGAGCCGAGCAGUUGGCACUGGCCAUAAGCUAUUGUCGGAAGAACCUGCGGAGAACGAGUUUAACAGGCGGUGACGAAAAAAGUGUGGAACGAAUGCAGUUUAUGGAAAAGCUUGUUGAAUGCCAGCUCGAACUUGACUGCCUGAAGGAAGAGCUGACAGAUCCGGUGAAAAAAGCUCCAGUUUCGCGUGAAAUCAACUUCCGAGGGCAUCGUUUUUCACUGCAACCAGCAACGGGGCGAAACCCGUACUGUGAAGUUUGCUUAUCAACUGUAUGGCGUCUUGUACAGCGAUAUCGACGCUGCGAUUGUAAGCGUAUCUUUAUUAUUCGCUUUGGCAUUUUCUUCCCCUAA